CCUUUGUACUAACUUUGCCCUCCUUCUCCCACAGGUUUCUCUGAGUCCAGAAUGUGUGAAGGCCUUGAUGAAACUGGUUUACUGUCCCCAUUGCCGCGGCCUUGCCUCUGUCAAACCAUGUGCCAACUACUGCUCCAACGUCAUGAAGGGCUGCCUGGCUAACCAAGCUGAUCUGCAUCCUGAAUGGCAAAAUCUUAUUGAUACCAUGAUCCGGGUGGCGUCCAGUUUCAGCACAGAGCCCAGCCUCGAUGUGGUUCUCUCUGCCGUUCCUGCUCAAAUCUUUGAGGCUGUCCACACACUACAGGAAAACUUUGACACAUACACAGCCAAAGUGUACCAAACAUGUGGAACUCCAGGCGAACCCGGCACAGGGAGUCCUCCGCUUCACCAGCCAAAGAAAAAGAAGAGCGGCUCUCUGACCGCCUCAGAAUACAAACCCUCUCCCACUGCAGGUCUCAGACUGGAGAUGCAGGUGUCAGAUCUCUCCAGUAAAUUAAGGGAGAUGAGGCAGUACUGGCUGCAACUUCCUGCAGCACUUUGCAGUAAAUUGGCAGCAGGCGGCGCCAAUCAAGACAAAUGCUGGAAUGGAAUGACCAAGGCAAGGUACCUUCCUGAAGUGAUGGGUGAUGGCUUAGCCAGCCAGAUCAACAAUCCAGAGGUAGAACUUGACAUCACCAAGCCAGAUAUGACAAUCCGUCAACAGAUCAUGCAACUCAAAAUUAUGAGCAACAGACUAAAAAAUGCUUUGGAAGGCAACGAUGUGGAUUUCCAGGAUGCAAGUGAUGACAUCAGCGGUUCAGGAAGUGGUAUGUGCCUCAGUGGUCAGUGUCCUCGGAGCAGACCAGGCCUGUACGCCUACCCCCCAGACAACAACCAAGUCAUUGGUGCAGCCGGGUGCCAAAGCCUCCUGUGUAACCGCCUACCGCUGCUCCCGUUGGCUGUCCUGCUCCUUUGUCGAUGACGCGCUAUCUAUCGCACCGUCUGCCCGACCCUGAAGUCCAGAGAAUGACUGGACCGUGGGAUGGGUGAAUUGUGUUCAGUGGAAUGAAGUUGGAUUUCCCGAAAAAGCAAAAACUGGCUCCUGAUUUUUCCCUGUUUGACUACAGUUUGAUGGCCUCUUUUUUGUUGAGCUGCUUUCAAGGAAUUUCCCGGAAGCAACUCAUGAGGAGAACAAGACAAAACGGAGACAGGGAAGAGAGACAGCGGAAGGAUGAAGAAUGGAAUGUGGGUGAUGACUUAUUGACUUCUUACAAGGUCCACUGUGCUCCUGUCAGUAGUGACUGAGCUCAAUGCUGAGUUGGCCCUUUGCUGUACGUGAUGCGUCCAUCAAGGCUUUUUCAUUUCAGUGUAUUUUUUUUUAAUCUGGUGUCAAGGGUGUGUACCUGAACACAAUUGUGUAAGAUGUAAAUGUGUGUGUGUCUUACCGCCACUGUAUAGUGUGUUUGCAUACAUUGACUAUAUCAGACUGGCAACAUAACGAGCCAUGGAUGUACAUAGAGUUUUCAUCAUAUUACCUCCCCACAUAACUUGUGACGUAACUGUCGAGAUUUUGUGGCUGAACAACAGGUUUAUUUGUAUUGCUGCAGAAAAAUAAUCACUCUUCGUAAAUGUAUGCCAUGUGUGGACGGCGAUAUUUACAGUUCAUCCAAGGAUUUCAGCUUUUAACACACUUAUAAACAGAGCACAGACUAGUGUCUUUGCAUCCAUGAGUUUUAUCUUAUUAUGGUGGCAUGCCAAACUUUAGAUGAUUAGUCUUCUGAUUGACCCACUGAGACCGUAUCACGACACGCUCAAUAUAAACUCAAAGGGAUUCAUUUGUGUAUGACCUCUUACUUUUUCAACAACUCUUGACAAAAUAUGAUACCCUAUUGUGAAGAUUUGUCGCAGCAAAUACACCUAAUCAGAGCCUCCUAGUUUCAUAAAUAAAUUCCAAUUAACAUUUGGAGGUACACUAUAUUGCCAAAUGUAUUUGGGCACCCUCCUUGACUCACAUAUGAACUUGAAGUGGCAUCCCAUUCCUAACACAUAGGGUUCAAUAUGAUGUUGGUCCACCUUUUGCAGCUAUUACAGCUUCAACUCUUCUGGGAAGGGUGUCCACAAGGUUGCGGUUUAUGGGAAUUGUUGACCAUUCUCCCAAAAGCACAUUGGUGAGAUCUGAGGGCCAGGCUCUCAGUCUCCGUUCUAAUUCAUCCCAAAGGUGUUCUAUCGGGUUCAGGUCAGGACUCUGUGCAGGCCAGUCAAGUUCAUCCACACCAGACUUUGUCAUCCAUUUCUUUAUGAACCUUGAUUUGUGCACAGUCAUGUUGGAAGAGGAAGGGGCCCGCUCCAAAUUGUUCCUACAAUGUUGGGAGCAUGAAGUAGUCCAAAAUGUUUUAAUAUCCUAGAGCAUUCAAAGUUAAAGUUGGAGCCCAACUCCUGAAAAACAACCCCAAACCAUAAUUUCUCCCCCACCAAAUUUCACACUCUGUACAAUGCAAUCCGAAAUGUACCGUUCUCCUGGCAACCUCCAAACCCAGACUCAUCCAUCAGAUUGCCAGAUGGAAAAGCAUGAUUCAUUACUUCAGAGAACAAAUACUUUUGGCAAUAUAGUGUAUGUUUGCCAUGACUCAGCAAGCAAGAAUUGACAAAGUGUAAGUUGUACUGUACAUGAUCAAGUAAAAACAAACCAAUAAGAGCAUGCAAACUCCACUUAAAGAAGCCUCAGCCUAGAUUUGAACCCAGGACCUGCUGGGUGUUAUGCAGACUUGUUAACCAUGUGCUUCUAUUUGGUUUUAAAUACGACAAUACAAUGGUAUCUCAAUGUAAAUGUUUUGAGUAAGAAGUAUGCUUAAGUUGCAAGCAAAAAGUUUGAGUUUCAAGCAUUCCCUGCAUUAAUUAGUGCACAGUGCCGAGAAGAAGUGGAAGAUACUUAUUGAAUUAAAUAUAGAAAAUCAUUAAAAACAUGACCAAGCUUGAAGCCAAUUUGGCAAAGCCAUUCGAGUGUAGCACUGCUGGUCUGCACCAUGCUGAAGCAGGAAUGAGUCCAUCACCAGCCAUGAUUUUUAAAAUGAUAUCUAAAUGACAUAUUUAGAUAUGCCAUUUUUUCAUAUCCAUUAUAUGUGAAAAAAACUGCUGAUGGUGUGUUCGACAAGGAAGAAGUACACACAAGUGUGCUGUUUUGGGACAGCCAAUCACCAAUCAAAUUGAUUUAAAUCAUUUUAAAUGGGAGAUUCUUAUUUAAGAUCUACUGUAAGUGUUUUCGGUUAAGCGCUCUGUCACAGAAUCAAUUAGACUCUUAAGCUGAGAUACUAGUGUACACAGAAAAUAGAACUGUAAAAAAAAAUAGCUGGACUUCCUUUAUUCUGCAGAAUGUUGACUUUUUAAAGGCACAUAAUACAGUAUCACCUGUACUUGGCUUGCCUUUAUUUGGAUCUGUAACAGUCAAUACUGCAGAUCCCCCCCAUCCAUCGUACACAUAAAGUUAAAGUGACUUGUGUAUGCAAUUGUUAUUUUAUUGUUUUUCUGUGUUCCAAAUGACAAAUCCAACACAUUAAACUCCGAUUGUAUAAUGUUGA